CGACCAUCUCUAACGCCGCCCGUUGCGACAAAAAAACGGACCGAAAAGUGCUCGAUUGAAAAACGAUUGGAAAACAGGCCUGCAGACCUGUAAAAAUCACAAAGUGUAGUGCCAAACCCUCUGUUUACUGUGCCGCGGUGAAGUGUGAUGAAAACAAAGUGAAAAGUCGAAGAAAAGCCGCGGAAAAUGCGCAUGCAAACGGCGUGUGGCCAGCAAAUUCGCUGCCGAGGCGCACAAACACACGGGCAAGCACACAUACGCACUUAGUAUACACGAAAAGAGAGUGCAGUCGAAGGUGCGAGUGAAAAGGGGCGAAGAAGUGCGAACAGGAACUCUGUGCCAAAAUAAUAAUACUGAUAUUCCACCAUUAGUAUCCCCCCAAAAACAACAACUGAAUAAUCGCGUUACGUAUACGCAGCGAGUGCUGUAAACAAGUUGGCGAUAACAAUGUCCAAAUACGAAGUGAUUUAUCUAACGGCGCAGCUAUUGCUGGCCUGCUGCUUGUUGGGUAUCAGUGGAUCCAUCCUGCCCGAGGGUCACAACAUGAUCAAAUGCGAGAACUUCGACGAGAAGAUGUGCAAUACCACCCAGGGAUGCGUGACGAGUAUAGAGCUCUGUAAGGUGGAGGCGGAUAAAUUUCCCAGCUGCUAUGUUCUCUGGUCGGUCAGCGAGACAACGGGCGCCAUGCGAAUCAAGAUGAAGGGCUGCUUCACGGAAUUGCACGAGUGCAAUCAGACGGAGUGCGUGACCAGCGCGGAGCCGAGGCAGGGAAACAUCCACUUCUGCUGCUGCAAAGGAUCGCGGUGCAAUUCCAACCAGAAGUAUAUCAAGAGCACGAUAGAGGCAACCACGCAAGUGCCCAAGGAGAAGACCGAGGAUGGCAGCAAUUUGAUAUAUAUCUACGUGUGCACCUCCAUCUUUAGCGUGCUCGUGGUCAUCGUUGGCAUGGGCCUGCUCCUCUAUCGACGCCGCAAGCAGGCGCACUUUAACGAGAUACCAACGCACGAGGCGGAGAUCACCAACUCCUCGCCAUUGUUGAGCAACCGUCCCAUUCAACUGCUGGAGCAAAAGGCCAGCGGCAGAUUCGGUGAUGUGUGGCAGGCCAAGCUGCACGGCCAGGAUGUGGCCGUUAAGAUCUUCCGCAUGCAAGAGAAGGAGUCGUGGACCACGGAGCACGAUAUCUACAAGCUGCCGCGCAUGCGCCACCCGAACAUCCUCGAGUUCUUGGGCGUGGAGAAGCACAUGGACAAGCCGGAGUACUGGCUCAUCUCCACAUACCAGCACAACGGAUCGCUGUGUGACUACCUUAAGUCGCACACGAUUACUUGGCCGGAGCUGUGCCGCAUUGCCGAGUCCAUGGCGAAUGGCCUUGCUCAUCUGCACGAGGAGAUACCUGGCUCAAAGACAGAUGGACUUAAGCCAUCGAUAGCUCACAGGGACUUCAAGUCCAAGAACGUGCUGCUCAAGAGCGAUCUGACGGCCUGCAUAGCCGACUUUGGCCUGGCCAUGAUCUUCCAGCCGGGCAAGCCGUGCGGCGAUACACACGGCCAAGUUGGCACUCGUCGCUACAUGGCACCCGAAGUGCUCGAAGGUGCCAUAAACUUCAAUCGCGACGCCUUUUUGCGUAUAGAUGUAUACGCCUGCGGCUUGGUUCUCUGGGAGAUGGUCUCCCGUUGUGACUUUGCCGGUCCCGUCGGCGAGUUCCAGCUGCCGUUUGAAGCCGAGCUGGGUCAACGUCCCACGCUGGACGAAGUGCAGGAGAGCGUGGUGAUGAAGAAGCUGCGCCCGCGUCUGCUCAGCUCGUGGCGCGCCCAUCCGGGUCUUAAUGUGUUCUGCGACACCAUGGAGGAGUGUUGGGACCACGACGCCGAGGCCCGACUUAGUUCGUCGUGCGUGAUGGAACGCUUUGCGCAGCUCAACAAGUAUCCAUCGGCCCAGCUGCUGAUCAAGAACCACACCAACAUCGACGACGCCAAGGAGUCGACGAACUGCUUAUAGAAGCGGUACUAAGCCGCAGAUCAGAGAGUGGUACUGCGGCUUGCCAUUAAAUCAGUCGAAGCCUUUCGCUUCAGAGCGAAUAGUUUAAGCCAGCGUGGUCGUGCGACGUUUCGUUUGUAGUUUAAUAGUUUGUAGUACCGUCAUCAGCAGCUAAAUCAUUUGGCAGAAUGGGUCGAUUUAUAAAAAAAAGUCGUUUUGACACCUUUUUCUUAUUUUUAUAAAUUUAAUUUUACCCAUAUAACAUAAAAACGCGAUCUUGAAUACUUUGGAAGCAGCUUUUUUGUUUUGGUAGGAUAGAUCGAUUUACCAGAAAGUAAUUUUGACAUCGUUUUAAUUUGUUUUUAUUAUUGCAAAUCGACCCAUGAGACAUAAAGCCGCGAUCUUGAAUCCAUUAGAAGUGAGUCGAAACAUACACGAAGCAAAGUUGAACAAAGAGCGUUAGACGUGGCGCUGUGUGCAUAGAUGUGUUUGUCACUCAUCCCACAUUGACUUCAUUGACUGAUAACCGUACAUAGUUUUAUAUAACCAUGCAUAUAACGUACAAUUUGUUUGCCCCCUGGCAGUAGUUUGUGUGAAAAAGUAAGCUGUUGAAGAUUAUUGUCAAGCCUUUUAAACUUAAAUUUUAUUUGUGCGUUAUCGAAUGCCUCCAUAUAGUAAUAGGCCUAAAGUUAGUUUGUAUAAUUUUAGUUUUAAUUUUACUUUGUAGUCGUAAAGUUUUAAUUUCGCACAUCAGCGUGCAUGUGUUUUAAUGUUGUAUUUUGAAUAAAAAAAUACUUUAAACUCCA